UUAAGUCGGUAUAUUUUACUUCCGGUUUUUAAGCGGGAUCGAAGCACAUGCGACGGCAUAACACCUAACAUGACGAGGGGACAAACAGAAUUGGGUGACAUCACCCAACAUAAUUUAAAGCAGCUUAAAAGGCUGAAUCAGGUGGUGUUUCCAGUUACGUACAAUGACAAGUUUUACAAAGAUGUCCUGGAAGUUGGAGAAUUAGCGAAACUAGCCUACUUCAAUGACAUAGUGGUUGGUGCUGUAUGCUGUAGGAUAGAUGUAUCUGAUGGUCAACGGAGAUUGUAUAUAAUGACAUUGGGCGCCCUGGCUCCCUACCGCAGGCUGGGAAUAGGGACUAUCAUGCUGGAACAUGUACUGAAAAUCUGUGAUACUGAUGGAAACUACGACAAUGUCUUCCUACAUGUUCAAGUGAACAAUGACGUUGCUAUUAAGUUUUAUGAGAAAUUUGGAUUUGAGAUUGUUGAGGAGAAAAAGAACUAUUACAAGCGUAUCGAACCAGCAGAUGCGUAUGUGUUACAAAAAUCCUUUCGUAAUAAACCCUCGGAACAGGAAUCGACAGAUGUCCAGCAGGAAGCUUCCAAGUGAAAUAUGAAUUCAUUGAACAGAACUUCUAAAUACUAGCAUGUGAUACAGCAUGUAUAUUGCACAGAUUGAAAGCAAAACCAGAUACCUGGGAAGGAAUGUGAACCAGAAGCUCAUUAGACAGCAUAUAUUGGUGUGAUAAUUUUCUUUCAUCCUUAAUAUUAAAUGAUAUUGAACAAAUAUUAUUCUUUCUGAAAUAUUUAUGAACAAUUAUAAUUGUGUAUUUUGAAAAUGGUGUUUCAAGUUUACCAUUUACAAAAAAUGUUCCUGCAAUUUGCCCAGGGUUGUUCGAGUAAAAGACAUAUGCCCCCACAGGGAUGGCAUUUUCGGCAGAAGAUCUACCCAUGAGUCUUGCAUUUACUGUAAUGAUUUUGCUAUCUGCUUCAAUAAGCACUUUGUGUUACGGGAAGAUACUUUUGGAAUGAAGUUCUACAGAGAUAAAGGUUUAAGUAGAAAAGUGAAUGUGAGAUUCCUGGAAAGUCGUUUGUCAAUUUACUGAAUAUUUAUAGAAUAAUUUACGAGAUAUGUUUCUAUUCAUUCACAUGGAGAGUACCAAGUCAGAUUUUAUGAGAGAGAAAAACAUGUUGUCUGUGAAUAUUUAUUCAAACGAAAUUAAAUAAAGAAUAUUUCUCAGCAUUUCUGUCACUAAUUGUGAAUAUCACAUAGUUUUCUUUCUCUCUACUGAUGUGUAGUUAGAUUUCUAUAAAUUUGUGCAAAAUUAAAUCAAUAUUGUAUAAUUCAGGGGAAAAUCCCUAAACAUGUUACUGUUGUAAUAAAAAUGACAUACAUUUAUA